UUAUUAUAAAGACAAGUGUCCUUUCCUUGGACAUCAUUUUAUGUUCUUUCUUCUUUUAUUAUGGCAUGAAGGCUAAUAUUGCCAUUUGCCACUUAUUUUAUUUAUUAUAUCUCAUUUCGGAUUUUGGUGGCAAAAUGAUGCAAGAUGCCUUGUUAAUUUUAUGGGAUUCAUCUGGAUUGAAUGAUAAUAAAAACCAUAUUCUGUUUGCUGAACAAGGCGAUGCUGAGAUUUAUAACAGAAUAUGCGAUAUUGCAAAAUCUCACCAAAAAAUAAAAGUUUUCAUUGAAUCUACUGGCUUCCAUAGUAGAAAAUCACAAUCGGCAUCAGGAGUAAAGUCGUCUGGUUUAUACACUCAAGCUUUAAGCGAAGGCCUAACAGAAGUUCUUCAAUCAUAUAAAAAGACUUUGGUGGAAGUUGAAAGUCUUGUAAUUGGAAACCACAAAUAUACAUUAUCUUUUGUAUAUAGUUAUGUCGAGAAGUUCCAGGGCUUAUUUAAUGUACUAAAUAAAAUAAUAACCACAAUCAAACAGAGGAGACUUGUUGGUUGCCAGAUCUUGAGUUUAAUCCAUCAAUUCAUACUGAAUGGAAAUGAAAUGGUUCAUGUUGCAAUGGUCAGGAUAUUCUCAUGUGUUAAUAAAGUAUUUGUUAACCAACUAUGCACCUGGCUUUUAUAUGGAGAGUUGAAAGACCCUUUUCAAGAGUUUUUUAUUUAUAAAAAUGAGAAAGUUGAAUUUUCUGACACAUUUCUCUCAUCGCCUUCAUCAAAUACAUGUGACAAAUCAUUGGUAUCAACUCUUCAAGAUACAACUUUGGACUGUGGGUACCAACUGACUUCAAACAUGAUACCAUUUUUUAUGCCUCUAUCCUUGGCACAAGAGAUACUUUUUAUUGGAAAAACAGUUAUUCUGUUCAGUUAUGAUCCCAAGAAAAUUAAGAGGAGCCAGUGUUUCACUUCAAGGGCCGUGCUACCUCUCCAGAGGUGUGGAGUUGAGUCUAGAAGAUUUACUAUUUGGGAAGAAAAAGAGGCUGAGUUUCACAAUACGUUGCAAUCAUUAAAAAAACCAGAAGUGAUUGAAGUUGCAAAUUUACGCUGUGUGAUUAGAGAUAUAAAGGAAUGUGUAACUAAGCACCUAUGGAUAGUAGCAGUAGAGGAGGCACAUUUGCUACAUGAGCUCCAACUUAUGAAAGAUUUCUACCUCUUGGGCCGUGGGGAACUUUUCCUAGAACUUCUGCGUUUGACAUCCCAUAUACUGGACAAACCAACCACUAGAACUGCUACUAGAGAUAUGAAUCAUGCAUUUCAGCUGGCCGCCCGAGCAGUAUUUUUAAGCAACAGUGCUGAUAUUGAGAAGUUUAGUUUUGAGUUGCCCUAUGUAAAACCAAAUAUCUCUGGAAACUCCACGAUUGAGGACGAUAGUAGUACAGUGGCGGACGGUUGGUCGAGUAUAGUCCUGAAAUACGACUUCAAAUGGCCCCUUCACCUUGUAUUCACACCAGAAGUACUCGCGCGAUACAACGAUAUGUUCCGUCUUCUCUUGCGCAUAAAGAAAACACAGCAUGAUCUUCACGCCUUAUGGAAGACGUAUAAGCAAUCUACCAGUUUCUCCAUGUGUCAAUUGCACAACAAAUUGAUGUUUCUCAUGGACAAUCUGCAGCAUUAUCUCCAAGCCGAUGUACUAGAGACUAACUUCUCCCGUCUUAUGGACGCCAUGGCGAAGACCAACGACUUCGAACGACUGAAGAAAGCGCACGCUACAUUCCUGGCGGAUGUUCUCAGCCAGUCCUUCUUGACUGUCACCUCUGUGGCCCAGGCACAUGAAAGCGAACACAGUGACACGACCGACUCUUUAAACAACCCAGUGUUCUGCAACAUAAUGGAACUGUUGAAGCUGUGCGACUCCUUCUGCAGCAUGGGAGAAGUGGCUUCAGAUCGGGAAACUGAAGACUACUAUAUCAGGGGAUACUCUGACAGGUUCAACAAAUUAGUUAAACAAUUAAUGCAGCUGCUAGUGUCAUUACGCGAUCAACCUUGCGGAGUAUUUCUGGCGAGGCUGCUAAUGAGAUUGGACUAUAAUCGAUGGCUUAGUGGAGAAGCGCAGUUAACACAAUCGGUCACUAAUAUGUUGAGAUAUUAACCAGGAUGAGAUCAAAGGCUAACUAACUGCAAGGAUUUUUUUAUUUAACUUGAGUGUUGAUCCAGCAUAAGACAACUUCAUCAGAGCCAAUUAUAUCUUCUGCCUCAACCACCAUAAUCUCUGGUUUGUUGCAUUUUGAUGCACGUAGUUGAUUAGCCACUGAGGUCAUAGAUAAACCAUGGAAGUUAUCCCAUUUCUUGUAUAAAGUUGGAACACUUGAAAAGAAAGAGUUUAUAGAAGAAAUAUAUUAUACAAAAGUCUAUGAGACUUAUUUUGGCAAUCUUACCUACAAGGGGAAAUAUAAAUAGUAGCACUCUCAGGGAACAUUUCGCCGUUCACUUUUAGAAACUUAUCACGUGCUAUUAAUACAGAGUCCAACAUCCCUUCAUGCAGCAAAUAAAAUCCCAUCCACUCUGAGAUUAUUGCGUCUACUUUUAUAUUGUCUGGUAACACUACAUCUUCAACAUAGCUAUGAAUUACCUGUAUUUAAAUAAAAAAAGUUAAAAACUACUUGAUGACUAAAAUUUACAUUCCAAAUUACCAUAACCUACUUAACAACUUAAAUAAUAUAUAAUUUACCAAAUAAAAAAUAGUCAACCCCAGCGCCGCAAACAGGAAUGGUAACCAAUAGGCUGGCAGUAUUGCCACAUUGGAUGGAAAGGCUGAUCCGUUGACCAAGAUAGCUGCCAGCCUUUUGAUCACCAGUCGCCUCUUUGGCAGUUCCUUAAAUAGGGAAUGAGCACUUGUACCCUACGGGCCGAUAGUCUCAACACCAAACGGCACAAAUAUGUAGUUCUCAUUGAGAGCUGAAUAUUUGCGACCCUGUUUCCAAGGAAUGAGCGUCAUACCAUCAGGUCUCCUGCUAUCGUCGCGCAGUGGUACAUUGAUAGCGACAAGAGCUCUGCGGAUGACGUCAUUGAUGCAGGCGUGGCGGGAGACUCGGUCGCUCAUUUGGCAUGAGAGGCCAUGGUGUCCCAACUCACCGACGCGGGUACCGCAACGACAGCGAUGGGGAUGAUUUUUCUUGCAUCCAAGUCUAAGCAGAGACAGAGUGCUCUUAUCAAGCAGAGUUCCGACAUUUGCUGAAGGUAGAGCUUGCAGCCAGUAACCAGAC